AUGGCAUACUCAGGACCAUACGCUUCUGCCGUCCUCCGCUCCCAAAUCCGUUUUCCGCCCUCCUAUCCGGACCUCCCUCCCCUGGUGACAUUUUCCACCGAUGUAUUCCAUCCGUUGAUUGUACCCCUUACGACGUAUACCUUUAGCACCAGCGCAUCAAACGAAGACCCAGUGAGCGCGACGGACGAAGAACGACUGCCCCCUGGUGGGUUCAGUCUGCGCCAUGGAUUUCCACACUGGUUUGGUAGAGCCAAGCGGAGCGGGAUCAACUCGACCGCAUCGUCCAGGGCUGUGAGUGUGAACGGCGCAGGUCCCAGCGGAGAAGACGAUCGCCCUACCAACACCGAGGACUCGCCCGCGGACGGAGAUGGUGUCUCGGCUCCAGAUACACAAGCCCAAAGUGAAGGAGAUGGUGACCGUGCGGGAGAUCCAACGGUCCUGUCGAGCGAGGAGAAGGCUCCCGACGGAAGAACCUCGGUCCCGGUGGCUGUCCUCUUGGAUUACAUCCGCUCCACCUUUGACGACGAGACUGUGCUCGACUCCUUACCCCUGGAAGCUGCGGGGAACCCAAGUGCCUGGCAUGCCUGGAAGGCGCACAGGAGGGAAGGCAAUUCGUCUGGGCUUGCGCCGGGUACGAAACGAGGAAGCCCCCAGGCGCGGCAGCCGGGCGAUUGGCAUUGGGAUGGGAUCUGGGCCAAGCGGGUUGCGCAAGAGAUCGAGGCAAGCCAUUCCGAUGCGACCUUGUUUGGGAAUGUGGGUACCCGGGGAGGAACCGAUGAGCUGAUUCGAUUCUCUCGGUUAGAUGAAGCUACCUUGAAUUCCGUCAAGGAUAUGAUUAUUCCGCGGGUAGAGGUGGAACAUGAAUGA